UGAGUGUUUUGCUGACCUAAUAUUUCUUUCAUAGACAACAUGCCAGUGUCAAGAAUGCGCAUGAGGCCCUGGUUGGAAAUGCAGAUUAAUUCCAAUCAAAUACCAGGACUGAUAUGGAUUAACAAGGAUAAGAUGAUGUUUCAAAUCCCGUGGAAACACGCAGCUAAGCAUGGCUGGGACAUGGAGAAAGAUGCCUGCCUUUUCCGGAGCUGGGCCAUUCAUACAGGAAGAUAUAAAGUAGGUGAGAAAAACCCUGACCCGAAAACCUGGAAGGCGAACUUCCGCUGUGCUAUGAAUUCACUGCCUGACAUCGAAGAAGUGAAGGACAAAAGCAUCAACAAAGGCUCCAGUGCUGUCAGGGUUUACAGGAUGCUGCCGCCCUUGACAAAGGAUCAGAAGAAAGAAAGGAAGUCAAAGUCUUCAAGAGAAGCAAGAAACAAGAGCAAGAGAAAGUCGUAUGAAGACAUGAGGAUGGAGGAGUCAGCAGAAAGACUAACCAACACUCCUCUGCCAGAUGACCACAGUGGCUACACCGUUCACGACUACACGGGGCAGGAAGUGGACGUUGAGAGCACGUCCAUCACCUUAGACCUCUCCCCGUGCGAGGUGAGUGGCUCCCUGACUGACUGGAAGUCGCCGAUGGAAAUCACCAUGGCUGACAGCACCAAUGACCUCUACCAGCUCCAGGUGUCUCCCCUGGCUUCAUCCUCAGAAGAUGAAGAGGAAAUGAACUCGGAGAUUUUUAAGUUGCUUGAACCAGCCCAAGACUGGCACACCACCAGCGUUGGGGGGAAAGGCUUUCUCACCAACGAGCUGGGCACGCAGACCAUGUGCAGCACUUACAGCUACAAGGAGCAGGAUGGGGAGAUCGACACGACUUCAGGAGACCUGGAGUUCAGGUUCUUUGACCAGAAAAACAGCCUAGACUUCUCCUGGGUGGAGACAGUGAGACCUACCAUGCAAGUCAUUUCUUGUGGCUUGUAAACCCCUGGCUUCCUCCGACCAUGAACUGCUCUUGGGUAGGAACUUUGACGAGCCUGAGGAGAAUGGAAGAAAUCGUUUGUUACUGACUGAACAAAGAAAGUAGUUUUUAUAUUCCGUUUAACUUUUAGGCCUGAAAAGGUUAGCAAGAAAAACUCCAUCAUAAGAAAA